UGCGUUCAGUCAGAGACAGAGACAAGGUAUUAGCCGGAAUCCCAUCAACAAACUCACACAGAGUGCAAUUUAUUCCUCGAAUCAUUAUGGACACGUCUUGACAGAGGUCUUUCUGGUACGAGGAAAGCGAUGAGAUUUGUUUGGCCGCCGCAAAUUAAAACGAAAGCGUUGCAAAUGUUAACGUUACACGAAGUGGACGUCUUGUUUAGCUAGCAAGGUCUGUCACAAGGAAGGAGAGACUAAAUGUCAUCUGAACUCUGACCCCUGGAAACCUCCAGCCCAGAGCCUGAUUUAUGUUUUUUUUGUUGUUGUUGUUUUUGUGGUGAGGCCAUGACUACUAUCAACAUCACCAGAGAUAUUCUGCACAGGCAGAUCAGGGACAAGAGAGUAUCCGGCUUCCAAAGGUCCUAUCACGUGACUGACCCGUUCAUCAAGAGACUGGGACUAGAGGCCGAGCUCCAGGGCCAUAGUGGCUGUGUGAACUGUUUGGAAUGGAACGAACGCGGAGACCUGCUGGCUUCAGGCUCGGAUGAUCAACACGCCAUCAUCUGGGAUCCUUUCAAACACAAGAAGCUUACAACUAUGCACACAGGUCAUGCGGCCAAUAUCUUCUCCGUAAAGUUUCUCCCUCACACCGGGGAUAGAAUUUUGGUCACGGGUGCAGCCGACACCAAGGUCCACGUGCAUGACCUGUCGGUGAAAGAAACCAUCCACAUGUUUUCCGAUCACACUAACCGAGUGAAGCGCAUCGCCACAGCCCCCAUGUGGCCCAACACCUUCUGGAGUGCUGCAGAAGACGGCAUCAUCAGGCAGUAUGACCUGAGGGAGAACAGUAAACACUCUGAGGUACUGAUUGACCUGACAGAGUUCUGUGGUCAGCUGGUCGAGGCCAAGUGUCUAGCUGUCAAUCCGCGGGACAACAACUACCUGGCGGUGGGAGCCAACGGGCCUUUUGUUCGCCUCUACGACAUCAGGAUGAUUCACAACUACAGGAAAUCUGUGAGUCAGAGUACAUCAGCAGCUGUGCACACCUUCUGUGACAGGCAGAGGCCCAUCCCCGAUGGAGCGGGACAGUAUUAUGUUGCAGGGCACCUGCCUGUGAAACUGCCAGACUAUAAUAACCGCCUCAGGGUCCUAGUAGCCACCUAUGUCACCUUCAGUCCAGAUGGCACUGAGCUGCUGGUUAACAUGGGUGGAGAACAGGUGUAUCUGUUUGACUUGACAUUCAAACAGAGGCCAUAUACCUUCCUGCUUCCAAAAAAAUGCCAGUCAUCAGCAGCAGAUGUGCAGAACGGAAAGACGACCAAUGGCGUCUCCAAUGGAAUUCACCUUCCAGCCAGCCACAUUCGCUUUGCAGGAAGCAAAAUUCAGUCUAGUUCUGCUGAUCUCCCUCCUCACCUGGAGAGGAUAAAACAACAAGCUAACGAUGCAUUCGCGCGGCAGCAGUGGACGCAGGCCAUCCAGCUGUACAGCUUAGGCAUCCAUCAGGCCAGCUGUAACGCCAUGCUAUAUGGGAAUCGGGCCGCUGCCUACAUGAAACGCAAGUGGGACGGAGACCAUUACGAUGCCCUCAGGGACUGUCUGAAGGCUCUGACUCUAAACCCCGGCCACCUGAAGGCACAUUUCAGACUGGCGCGGUGUCUGUUUGAGCUGAAGUAUGUGGCAGAGGCUCUGGAGUGCCUGGAUGAUUUCAAAGGAAAGUUUCCAGAGCAGGCGCACAGUAGUGCGUGCGAUGCCUUAGAUAAGGACAUCAAGGCCGCUCUUUACUCCAAGACGGACUCAGGAGAAGACAAGAAGGCCAACAGCUCCAUUCGGUUCCACUCAUUCAGCCGGAAGGAGUCCAUCCCUGAGGAUGAGUUGGUGUUGAGAGAGCACAGCUUUGACUACAAGCACAGAUACUGUGGCCACUGCAACACGACCACUGAUAUCAAAGAGGCCAACUUCUUUGGAAGCAAAGGCCAAUACAUAGUCAGCGGCUCAGACGACGGCUCUUUCUUUAUCUGGGAAAAGGAGACAACCAAUCUGGUCAGGAUCCUUCAGGGAGACGAGUCCAUAGUCAACUGUCUGCAGCCCCACCCCAGCUACUGCUUCCUGGCUACUAGUGGUAUCGACCCCGUAGUUCGAUUAUGGAAUCCCAGGCCAGAGACGGACACUGAUAAUGGGCGCGUGGUGGAGGACAUGGAGGGGGCCGCUCAGGCAAAUCAGCGACGUAUGAACGCUGAUCCACUAGAGGUAAUGCUGCUUAACAUGGGUUACCGAAUCACCGGCCUGCGCGGUGUUGGUCCGGACGGCUCAGACGAUGAAGACAGCUCAGAGGGACAAGUACAGUGCAGGCCAAGCUAAACAAACAGCCAUCCAUUCUGUGGAAUGGAUUUAAGAAGCAAAGCACUCUCCAUGCUCCCGUUUGAAUCUUUAUUUCCCCUCCGUCUGACAGAACAUUGAGUGAAUGUCAUGUCACAUCUCUGCACUAUGCAUCGCCCUCCCCUGUCCCGUGAAAGGACAGGUGGGGAGACCACUUUGGGGGAGAGCAACUCUUGGGAGGGUAGAGACAACAUCCUUCUCUCCCCUUCAGAGCACCAACGACACCUCAGCCUGUCCCUCCACCCUACGGUGGCACGGGGACACCUUUGAGGAAAGCACCUUCCACGUCACUCCCCAGUUUCUCACGAAGAAGGAGGAGUUCAGCACUUAUCCUUCCUCAGGUUUUUGUUGGAAAGACACGCAACACAUAGAAGGAGGCACCCGCAGUCUGCCGACCUAUUUUCAGGUCACUGCGGCCUCACGGAUGGUGUUUUCCACGGAGGAUCAGACCGGAAAACCGGUGCUUUGUUGCAUCUCCACGUCUGCUCCACGGGUGGAGCAAAAUGUCACAGCGCCUGAUCAUCCCCAGAAAGGCCGCGCACCCACCAUCCAUUCAGAGUUAGACUCGAUCCUAUUUUCCGUUUGAGUUUUGGCGGCAGGAAGCCCAGGCUUCGCUGUCGCUCUUCAGAUUGUGAACGCUGCCAGUGUUGCUCCACUGAAAUUUAUUUAUAAGCUUUGUUUAGUUUACAACUGUCAGGAAAAACGAGGGGUUUCUUCUGCCAAAGGUUGCCAUGCAUCAUUUAGACGGCCACGGGUUAAGAUUUAUUUUCUCUGUUUCAUUGAAAUAUCAUUUUGGCUCCUUUUUUAGUUAAGACGUUUAACUACAGCAGAUUAUUGACGAGUCAACAAGAUGCCGAUAAGGAAAAAAGGAAAAAAAAAAACAAAAAACUCUAACGCCGUUUUUUUUUUUUUUUUGGUUUAGUCCCACUUCAUGUUGAGAUGAUAUGUUGAUGUCAAACUUGUGUUGGUUUUAAGUGGGACACAUGCUAAUUUGUGGUACGUAACAAUGCAACGCAAAGUACUCGGUGGCGAUGGGGGUCCUGCCUUCUAGCUGCGCGGCUCUAGCAUUCAUCCUCCUCGCCUGCAGUCAGGUGUUGAGCCCCGCUUGCAUGAGGCUUCUCUGAACAUAGUUGUCAUCUGUCGCUCAGAUAACAGCUCAUUGAGUCUCCUUCGCCCUCAAGUCGGCUGAAUGAAUGAGUCCUUGGCAAAAUGCAUCACACAGGCUUCCAUGUGUUUUACUUUGUUCAUUAAUUUGAGAUACUCUGUUUUUCUUCGAGGGAUCCUGUAAUAACUGUUGUUGCAAACAAAACAAAGAAUAAAAUUAUUGAACACCUUC